GUGGAGCAGGGAGCGCGCUUUUCGUGCCUGGUUAGUGGACUGACAGCCAGCUGUGCAGCUACAACAACAAUCUCCUGGAUUUGCUACAGUCACUUAGAUUUUUGUUGGCCAUCUAAUGGUUAUAAUCCUAAAGUACUGUUCAUUUUUUUUGUUCUGAAGUAGUCGUCAGCACACCGCUACAGCCAGAAUCAUUGACGGUUUCUGCGCUAACUAGCUUCCUUCAACAUGAACCCGUUGUGUAGCAGAUGUAAUCUAGUGGUUUACCCCACGGAAAAAGUGAAUUGUCUGGACAAGUACUGGCAUAAAGGAUGCUUCAGCUGCGAGGUCUGCAAAAUGACUCUAAACAUGAAGAAUUACAAAGGCUUCGAGAAGAGACCAUACUGCAAUGCACACUACCCCAAGACAAAUUUCACCUGUGUGGCUGACACUCCAGAGAACCUCCGCCUGAAACAGCAGAGCAAGAUGCAGAGCCAGGUUCUCUACAGGGAGGAUUUUGAGAAGAAUAAAGGCAAAGGGUUCAGCGUGGUGGCAGACACGCCAGAGUUGCAGAGAAUUAAGAAAACACAGGACCAGAUCAGCAAUAUUAAAUAUCAUGAGGAGUUUGAGAAGAGGAAGAUGGGAGGAGAGGCUCCACUUACGCCCACUACCCCCAGUGCAGGAGCUUUCCAACCACCUGCAACCCCUCAGAACUACCAUUACGAGCCCACUCCUGAACCUGUGCGCCAGGCAGCUGCUGCUCCUCCUCCCAGUUCUGGGAAGGUAUACAGAGCAGUGUACGACUACUCGGCCGCCGAUGACGAUGAAGUGUCUUUUAUGGACGGGGACGUGAUCGAGGACGUGCAGCAGAUUGACGAGGGCUGGAUGUACGGCCGCGUUCAGCGCACGGGCCAGCAGGGCAUGCUCCCUGCCAACUAUGUGGAGGCCAUCUGAGUGAGCAGGAAAGAAAGCUGGAAAGAGGAGGACGAGGAGGAAGUAGUGAAAGGGAGGGAAAGAAGGAAAAGAAAAGCCCAGUGCCAUCUCAUCUUAACGCCGCUUUCUCUUAAUUUUCUCUUAUUCCCUAAUCUGUCCUGUGACAACCUGAAACCUCUCCCAAAGCAUCCCCGCUCUGCUGUCACUGUCCACAUCCAUCCCUCUGCUUCCCUGUCCGUCUGUCUGUGCUGACGUCUGUCUGUUUCCUCGCUGUCACUCAAAAACUGAAAGUCUUAAAAAAAAACAAAAAAAACAUCACUGAUAGCAGUAUGUCAGGGGUCAUGUUGUGUCGCUUUUGCACUCAACAAUCAUGAACAAAAAAAAAAGACGAAAAGUGCAAAAGAAAAUUCCCCACGUUAUUUUACGCCGCAGAGGCUGUUCUGUGGAGAAAAUUUCCCUUCUUGGCUCUUUCCUUUGGUUCGUCUGGCAGCUUGAUCCCAUCCGGACUGGAACCAGAGCAUGGAGGGUUUUCGAUUCGUGCACAUUCCUUCAAACGCAACUGUGCUGCUGUCGCACCAAACAGCCGCACAACAGUUGAAACUGAGAGGUUUAAUUUAUUUAUAGGUAGACGCACGUCUCAUGAUUUUCUGCACAAAUGGGCACCCUCAUGUCCAGCAGUGCAUUGUGGGUAUCUGUGUGAAACUGGAAAUCGUAGCCCAACUGAAGAGGACCUCCUGUCGUUGCCUUUCUCAGGGGUCUCUGGUGCAAGUGGAGGAUCAGGGACAAGUUAGGGGACAUUUAUCAGUCCAUUUCUUGGAGCCACACUGAUGACACCAACACAGUGCGCUUUUGUUGUGUACACAACACUUUUUCAUGUUCUUUCCUGUCUUAAUGCCUUCAAACCUUAUUCACAAAUGAUUGCCAACUAAAAUUCCACAGUUAGGACAAAUUAUUCCCCUUUAAAAAAGAGAGAAAAUGAGUUUAAUAGACAGAAGCCCAAGCACAAUUCUGUAUUACAAAUCAUUUGAGUUUGAAUGAAUUUCUCUUUUUUUUUAUGUGAGAACAUUCCAGUUCUGUUUUUCAUUUAAUCUAAAAAAUGUUUGAACCUUUGAUGUGAUAAAUGUUGUCUUAAUGAUGCUAUUCCUUUGCCUUCCUUGUUAUCAGAUGCCUGUUUUUAAAAAGAAAAAUGUCACAAUCUUCUAAAUAAAACAGUGGCUUGUCACAGUUGAUAUAGAAUGAUGCAUUCAGUAAUGGAUCAGAUAAGGGAAUAAUAAUCCAGAAUAUUGUUAAGAAAGCUGGUUUCUUAUGGGGGGGUCAUAAUUCCUGAAUAAUCAUCUCUGUUGGUGUUUGGCUCCCCUUACCAAGCAUUUCCCUCUUAUACAGACUUUCCACACUCUCUGAGCGUCUUAACCCUUUGAGGAGGGGUUCUUCAUUCCCUGGCGGGGUUGAAAACUCCAAACAAACACCACCCCCCUUUCCCUGCUACUUUAUAUCCUGUGAUGAAAUGCAGCUAACUUGAUCGGGGGGAUUUUUUUAAGAUGACGAACCCAUGCAGCUUCAGAAAAAGAAGACGAAGCUCCAACUAUGUAGCUCGAUGACAUUGUAAAACUGUAUAUGCACCAUAUGUGUAUCUUGGAGGGAGGGGGGGGGGGGUAUAGGUUAUGGUGCUCUGGGAAGGGAAUGGCUUGCAGCUGAAAGUGCUUCAUUUUUCUGUGAAUGUGAGGAAGUAAUGCGGCUUUAAGAGAACUUUAAGUAUUUCCCAGGUAAACGAGGGAAAAAAGGUGAAAAACACACGAAGCAUCUAAAAGCCUCCACGUGUGUUUAGCAUCUGCUGGAUUUAAAAAAAAAACACAAAAACAAAUGUUGGAUUGGAAAAAAAUAUUUUGUAUUCUUUUUAGGGGAAUUCAUUCAUUUAAUUUGCUUAAAGUUAAGUUGCUAUGGCCCUUUAUUUAAGUUUCAGAGAAGCUGAUUGCCCCCAGUUCAAUUCAACUGUAUUAAAGUCUUAUAUUUUAACCUUUAUUCCCAAUGAGAUGGAAAGAAUAAAAUGGCCAAAGACUGGCACCGCUGUUGAAGCUGAGGAAGGAUGUACAUGUCCUGUGGGGGGCGAUAUAGAGUCGGUGCUCUUAAUCUCUGUUUGUAAGGCAGGGCUUGUUAGUUUGACCUGGAUAUAUUGGCCAGGAGUUGACCUCUUUGCUCCAAAUGCCGUUCAUCUACUCUGGCAUUACUACUGAACCGUAACAAGCAUCCUAACCUCGAUUCCCCUCAAUUCUCCAUCCUGUCCCACCACCCACCCCCAACCCUGCUACGGUCCCUUACUCCUUCCGCCUUCAUCGUAGGUUCUUGUGCUUCUAAUGAAUCAUUCCCUGCUUCUAUGAUACUGGUUGUAUACUGUAGACUUCGCAGAGUGAAAUUAUGUAAUCCACAAUUGCAGGUUUAGCACUCAGACCAGUUCUGUGCAUUCCAUCUUUGUUUUGUUUUUGAUAUAUUUUUUUUAAUGAAAAUAAAGAAUAUCAUAUUGUCAUACAUUUAUUCAAAACUCAGAUUUACGGACCUGAUAUCAUCUCCUGUUGCCCUAUUACAGCACUUCAAACUGUACUUAAGAUUCUGCAGACUCAAUAAAAUGUCAUUUUUUUCUCA